GAAGAUAUUUACGCUGACGGAGGAAACGGGCACACUAGCGAAAUGAAAAUAAUUGCAUUGUUUAUAUGGGUAAUAUUGUGCAAUUCCGCCUCCGGCGACUGUGGGUGUCAGGAUCUGAACCGGAAGACGACAGCCGAUAAGCCUCCACUGCCGGACCAAGUGUGCCAGCAACGGAAGCGGGGCGCCAACAGCCACUAUCGGGAUUACUAUGGCGAGCUGGAGGCGGAACCGGAAAUCAAGGACAUGUCCCUAAUUCCCGGAGGCACCGUCUCUGUGGGCACCGACGAGCCGCACUUCUCGGCCGAUCGGGAGGCUCCGGAGCGACAGGUGAAGCUGCACGACUUCUUCCUGGACAAGUACGAAGUGUCCAACGACGCCUUCGCGGAGUUUGUGCUGGCCACCAACUACACCACGGAAGCGGAGCGCUUUGGUGACAGUUUCCUGUUCAAGACCCUGCUGAGUUCCUCGGAGCAGAAGGAUUUGGAGGACUACCGCGUCGCGAGUGCCGUUUGGUGGUACAAGGUGGCCGGGGUGAGCUGGCGCCAUCCCAAUGGGGCGGACAGUAAUCUGGACAACCUGGGACGACACCCCGUGGUGCACGUCUCAUGGCGCGACGCCGUGGAGUACUGUUCCUGGGCUGGCAAGCGAUUGCCAAGCGAGGCAGAGUGGGAGGCGUCCUGUCGCGGCGGCAAGGAGCGCAAACUGUUCCCGUGGGGCAACAAACUGAUGCCCAGGGACGAGCACUGGCUGAACAUCUGGCAGGGCGACUUCCCCGACGGCAACCUGGCCGAAGACGGCUACGAGUACACCUGUCCGGUGGAUGCCUUCCGGCAGAACGUCUACGACCUGCACAACAUGGUGGGCAACGUCUGGGAGUGGACGGCGGAUCUGUGGGACGCGAACGACGUCAGCCAGAACCCGAAUCGGGUGAAGAAGGGUGGUUCGUACUUGUGCCACAAGUCUUACUGUUACCGGUACAGGUGCGCGGCUCGCUCCCAGAACACCGAGGACAGCUCAGCCGGCAACCUGGGCUUUCGGUGCGCCAAGAACGCUUGAAAUUUCAUUGCAGAAAUUGUUAUGUAUGAUGUAUGUAUUGUAUUGAGCAACAAAUACAUUGGAAGUUAUAAUAUA